UCAGGAAUGUAGGUUCCAUUGCAGGCAAUUUGAUGACAAAACAUAGGCACAAUGAGUUUCAGUCUGAUAUAUUUCUCUUGUUUGAGACAGUUGGUGCACAGUUAACCAUCAUGUUUUCAAAUAAUAACGCACAAAUUGUAACAAUGACGCAGUUCCUAAAAAUGGACAUGAAGAAGAAACUUAUUAAAAAUGUGAUGCUACCACCGCUGAACAAAACGUAUAGACUCACGACUUUCAAGGUGAUGCCACGGUCUCAAAAUGCACACGCAAUAGUGAAUUCAGGAUUUUUAUAUAAAUUGACUCCAGAAAAUAUAGCAGUUCAAGCAAGAAUAGUGUUCGGUGGAUUAUCACCAUCGUUUGUCAGAGCUUCAUCAACCGAAAGGUUUCUUAUAGGGAAACCGUUGUUUAAAAACGAAACUUUACAAGCUGCAAUAAAUUCUUUAAAAGAUGAACUAGUUGUAACUGAAAAUCCACCUGAAGAAUCUGUUGCUUAUAGAAAAAAGUUGGCUUUAGGGCUGUUUUAUAAGGGGUUAUUAACUCUGUGUCCAGAGUCCAUCAUUCAUCCAAGGUACAAAUCAGGAAGAAUUAAAAUUCAUGAAUCUCGACCAGUUUCUAAGGGCCAGCAAAUGUAUGAGACUGAUCCCAGCACAUGGCCACUAAACCAGCCCAUACCGAAGAUGGAAGGACUGAUUCAAUGUGCAGGUGAAGCAAUGUACACAGAUGAUAUUCCGCCAUUCCCUAAUGAGGUUUACGCUGCAUUUGUCCUGUCUACUAUCGGAAAGGGUCAAAUAUCAUCUAUAGAUGCUACAGAAGCUCUGAAUCACCCAGGAGUUAUAGCUUUCUUUUCGGCAAAAGAUAUUCCUGGCUUAAAUUCCUUUACUCCAGCAGAAGAUGAAAAUUACCAAAUGAAUGAAGAAGUAUUUUGUAGCGGUGACGUCAAAUAUUACAAUCAACCUGUAGCAUUAAUAGUUGCCGAUAGUCAAGAGACAGCUAACCUAGCUGCCAACUUUGUCAAAAUUGAAUAUAUUAAUGUCGGAAAACCAGUUGUUGAUGUGAAAUUGGCUAAAAAGGAUCCUAAACGGAAUAAAUUAAACAAAGAAAUUAGAGCUACCCAUAGAGGUCAGGAUAUAGCCAAAGUAGUCAAAGGAGAUAAUACUAUUUACGGACAAUACCACUUUCCAUUGGAGACGUUGGUUAGUGUGAGUAAACCCAGUGAAGAAGGAUUAGCUGUCUACGCAACUACUCAGUGGACUUCAGCCAUACAGUUGAUGGUUUCAAGAGCAUUAAAACUUGAUCAGAGCAGGAUCGACGUCCAUGUUCGUCGUAUUGGUGGCGCGUUUGGCAUCAAGAUAUCACGGAUCAUACAAACAGCAGUAGCAACUAGUUUGGUAGCAAUGAAGUUGAAUAUUCCAUGCAGGAUUAUACAUCCUUUAGAGACCAACACAAGAGCCCUAGGAAAACGGUUUCCUUGUUCCAGCAACUUCGAAGCAGGUGUCAAUAAAUAUGGCAUUAUUCAAUAUGUCAAUCAUGAUGUUUAUGAAGACAAUGGUUACGAGCGCAAUGAAAUCAUAUCGGAUUUUGGGGUCAUCGAAUAUAACAAUUGCUACAAUGACACUAUAUGGAAUCACAAAUGUAUCGAUACUAUCACAGAUACUGCUAAAAACACAUGGGCAAGAUCACCAGGAACUAUGGAACAAAUAGCUGUGGUUGAACUAAUAAUGGAACAGAUUUCUUAUGAACUAUCAAUAGAUCCAGUCCAGAUACGCUUAAAAAAUUUAGACCCAAAACACAGUGACCUUAUAGAAAUGUACCAAACACUGAAAACAAAUUCAGAUUAUGAAACAAGAAGGUUAACGGUCAAUAGAUUUAAUAUGGAAAAUAGGUGGAAGAAACGAGGUCUAAGGUUUGUUUUUCUUAGAUGGGAACAUAUUUAUGCAAGGUACUUCGACGUCAACCUCGCAGUGUUUCAAGGCGAUGGAACAAUUGUUAUAAGUCAUGGGGGUGCAGAAAUAGGCCAAGGAAUUAAUACUAAAGCGGCACAAAUUGCAGCCUACAUGCUAGGUGUUCCAAUAGAUAAAAUAAUUAUCAAAGAAAACAAUACUAUUGUAUCACCAAAUUCAAAUGUAUCUGGAGGUAGUCUCACGACUCAAAAUAUUAUCAUGGGAGUAGAAAAAUGUUGUGUACAGUUGCUAGCGAGACUCGAGCCAAUCAGAAAACAAAUGCAGAACCCAUCUUGGGAAGAAUUGAUAAAGAAAAGUUUUGAGAAGUAUGUCGAUCUGCAAGCUCACGGUUUCACAGGAGAAAAUGAUAUUCAGAAUUAUACGGUUUAUGGAGUGACACUGGCUGAAGUAGAGAUUGAUGUGUUGACGGGAGAAUCUGAGAUAUUAAGAGUGGAUAUACUGCAGGAUGUAGGCAGAAGUAUUAAUCCUGCGAUUGAUAUUGGCCAGGUGCCUUCGUCAUGGGACUUGGAUACUGGACCAGCGAGAAACUGGUUUACGAUUCCAAUACAGGAGAACUUUUGA